CUUUUCAAUUUCAUGAUUCAUCGACAAGCACCGUUUACGAUCGAUUCCCCAAAACCUAAGGUUUCUCAUUUCUAAAAUUUCCUCUUUUCUUUCUCUUCUCCCUUAAAUUAAAUCCAAAUCCCAAUUACUCAAUUCAUAUAUACACAAAUUCUUGUAUGACUGCACUCUAAUUCCAUGGUAGAAGGCAGCAGUGGCGACGGUGGGAGUGGUGGACCCGAAUUGGGUCACGGGUCGAAAUCCACGACCUAUUAUGAAUCAUUCGGCGGCCGACUACGGUUUACAGUGGAGCUGAAACCCGGCGAAACCACAAUUGUGUCGUGGAAAAAGCUUCUCAAAGACGCUGCUUCCGGUAAGAUCAAUGGGAGUGGCCCAUUGGUCCCAGGCCCGUCCUUGGAGGCCCACAAUACCGUUCCUGAUCCCGCCUCGGCUCCCCCUCCGGGGGCUUCAUCUUUAAAGCAAUCCGGCGUAAAUGGAGAUAAAGAUUCACAAGCACAGCCCGGUUCCAACCGUCUGAGUAACGUGAUUGAAAGAAUUGAGCGCAUGUAUGCGGGUGAUGGAAGUAGUGAAGAGGAAGAUGUUGUUCUAGAUGAUGUGCCGGAUGACGAUGAGUAUGAUACAGAGGAUUCUUUUAUAGAUGAUACGGAGCUGGAUGACUAUUUCCAAGUUGAUAACUCAGCAGUAAAGCAUGAUGGGUUUUUUGUUAAUAGGGGGAAGUUGGAGCGCGUCAGUGAACCUCCAUCAUUGCCAAACCAGCAACCAAAGAAGAGAAGACGGAAAGACCCGGCGAAGGGCCCUGUUGGCAGUGGGUACCGACCUAAUCCUAGUGAACACGUGAAGAUAGGGAAUAAAGGUAAAAAAACAGCAUCCAUGAUUGAAAGAAACUCAACUAGUGAGUCGCACGGAGUGCCGGUACCAAAUGUACAAGGUGAAGAUAUGCAAUUUCAGGCUCUAACAAAUGCUACCGAAGUUUUAUCAAAGAAGAAAACUGCAGCAGGUCCUUCGGAACUGUCAAAUGGUGAUAGUAUCAGGCAGGAAAAGGAUAUUGACCAGCAGAGGACUGGAGUUGACUCAUCAAAGAACCAUGGUAACAAAUCAAAAGAGGGUUAUGAACUUUUAGAUACUUCAGCUCAGAGGUCAAAUGAUAAGAGUUUCAAAACUCAAUCUGGAAUGCCGGUAAAGAGCAGUGAUGAGGUAAGUCAAUCCAUUCAAAGGAAAGAAAAAGGCGAAGUUCUUGAAAGACCUGACCUUAAUGUUCCUGCAAGUGGGAGUUCCUUUCAAACUGUGACUGCUCCAGUCUCGCAGAGGAAGGAAGGAUCUAGUGUUAGACCAAAAAGUACCAUGCUGGACAAGGCCAUCAGGGAGUUGGAGAAAAAAGUUGCUGAAUCUAGACCACCAUCUUUGGAAGUUCAGGAUGGUAAUAAUCCAUCUCAGGCAGUAAAGAGGAGAUUAACGCCUGAAAUAAAACAGAAGCUGGCUAAAGUUGCUAGAUUAGCGGUACUGCAGGCAAGCCAUGGAAAAAUAUCAAAGGACGUGACUAACCAUCUAAUGAGUAUUGUUGGACACUUGAUGCAACUUAGGACGUUGAAGAGAAAUCUAAAAAUCAUGGCUAUUAUGGGAUUAUCAGCUAAGCAGGAGAAAGAUGAUCAAGUGCAGCAUAUAAAACAGGAAGUUGCAGAGAUGGUUAAGGUGCGACUUCCACUGGUGAAGCCCAAGGUAAUGGAGCAACAAACUGCAUCUUCAGAUGAUUUUCAAGAAGCUGGUCCAGAAGAGAAAGAGUCCUUGAAAAGUAAAUAUCGCAUCGAUAGUGCACUGGAAGAUAAAAUUUGUGACCUAUAUGACCUCCAUGUUGAAAGGUUCGAGGAAGAUCCAGGUCCACAAGUCAGGAGGUUGUAUGAAGAGCUUGCGGCAAUGUGGCCUAGUGGGAUCAUGGAUAUCCAUUUCAUUAAACGUGCUAUAUGUAGAGCAAAAGGUAGGAGAAAGGCAUUAAGCAGCCAACAAAAGGAGCAAGAGAAAAUGAAGAAGAGGAAGAAGCUGCUGGCACCCAAAGCUGACGAGCCUGUUCGAGGAGAAGCUAGUAACAUUUCUCAGCCACCUCAUGUGCAAGAGACAUUGGUGCCAAAUUCUCGUGAUUACAGUUCAAGUUUGAUCAACAAGCCAGUUCCCAGUGCUGCAGUAGCUAACGCCCCUGUUUGCAUGCCUGCUACCUUUGCAAAUGGUCCUAACUUGGACAAGUUAAAACUGGAGAAAACCAAAGGACAGCCAAACAAUCCCAUUGAUGUGAGGAUGACCGAUGUGUUAUCAAAAAAGAAACUUAAGAGGAAACAAGAAACGGCUCUUGUGGAAGGGUUCCGCCCUGAGAAAUCUGCUUCCGCACAGGUGGAGGAACGCCACAAACACCAUAAACAGGUAGCUGCCGCUAUUCCUGCUAAGUUGGGUUUUCAGCCAGCUGCCCCUCCAAGUGUGCAGCCAAGCUGAUAUGAUGGCUCGAUUUGGAUGUUCCCUUCUGAAUUUACUUUAUGUUACUGAUAUCUUUGUUUCGACUUCCGUUUUAGGAGCUUCAUUCAUUGUGAUGAAUAGCUUGUGUAAUGGUUUUGCAAAUAUUGUCAAUUAGUCGUAUAAUUCACAAUGGAUGAGUCUCCUCUUCUCUCUCUCUCUCUCUCUCCUUUUUUUUUUUUUAAAGAGUAGUUAGUGAAAGAGCUCUUAAUGUACUACAUUGAAUCUUCUUAGUGCGAGUUCGAGUUAUCAUUAUUGAUUAGCAGUUUAA